UCUUCUAGGGCUGUAUUUUGAGUCUGAACCGGUUUCUUCCAUGUCCAAUUAUUUUCAACCCCAAGAAUUUUCCAGUUGUGUUUCUUGUGAAGAAAAUACAAGCUGCCUCGACCAGAUCUUUGAUUCCUACCUUCAGACAGAGACACACCUGGACCCUUCGCUCAAUUCCACGCAGAGCACUCCACACUAUUUCCCUGACAGCUUCCAAGCUGCCCCUUUCUGCUUUAACCAGAGCCUGACCCCAGGAUCGCCUUCGGAUUCCUCCACUCCGUCGAGUUCCUUAGACUACAGUUACCCGCUGGCUCAGCUACCUUCGUGUGCUCCGGAGAAUUACAAUUCUCCGCCUUCUCUGGACACCAGAAACUGUGGCUAUCCCUCAGAAGACGACUCCUACUCACAUUUGCCCUCGUACACCCAGUACGACUGCUUCUCCUCAGCCAGCACCUCAGUCUGCUACUGUGCAUCGUGUGAGGCAGAACACUUGGACACCCUCAGAGCAGCAGAGUAUUUUUCCUAUCCCGGCACAGACUAUGUGAACUUGGCCCCCUCAGCGGCCACAGCCAGCGAGUUCUAUAAGAGGGGAACAGACUGGGACAUCUGCUAUAGUUAA